GCACGGACGGUGUUAGUGGGGGAACAGGAAGUUCCGGGAAGGCGCUCACCAUUCUUCAGUAUAAAGAAAUAGCCAGAACGAUGCGGUCUAGAAGAUAACCUUCGUGUCCGUUUCUAUUUAUUACUACAGAUUAACCAUGAGGGCGGUAACAUCAACAGUGAGGACAAACCCAGCCUGCCUCUCUCCUUCCACACUGAGUCCAAGCCUACAGUCACUGGGUCCUGAUUGUGACAGUGGAGCCCAGUUUGCACUGCAGGAUCCAGAGAUGGCAUCUGUGAAGCUGGAAGACUGCAGUCAAACACUGGAGCUGAAUGUCAACAUUAAAGAUGAAGAAGAGGAGGAGGAGAUUGGGACAUCUGUUUCUCAUGUGAGUCCAAACCUACAGUCACUGGGUCCUGAUUGUGACAGUGGAGCCCAGUUUGCACUGCAGGAUCCAGAGAUGGCAUCUGUGAAGCUGGAAGACUGCAGUCAAACACUGGAGCUGAAUGUCAACAUUAAAGAUGAAGAAGAGGAGGAGAAGAUUGGGAAAUCUGUUUCUCAUGGAGAUCAUGUUGAGACAUUCUCUACAUCCAGAAAGCAACAGCAGGAAGAUCACAGAGCUAAGAGGUCUCACCACUGCCCACAUUGUGAGGAGAUUUUCCCAAUUCUAUCAAAGCUAAAAAUACACCUAAAAAUACAUACAGGAGAGAAUCUGUAUUUCUGCACUGACUGUGGGAAGAAUUUCACAACAUCAAGGGCUAUGACAGUUCAUCAGAGAGUACACACAGGAGAGAAGCCUUACUCCUGCUCUGACUGUAGGAAGAGUUUCUCUCAAUCGAGCCACCUAAAACAACAUGAACGUAUACAUACAGGAGAGAAGCCUUACUCCUGUUCUGUCUGUGGAAAUAGUUUCUCUGGACUGGGACAUCUAAAACAACAUGAACGUAUACACACAGGAGAGAAGCCUUACUCUUGCUCUGACUGUUGGAAGAGUUUCUCUCACUCGAGCCACCUAAAACAACAUGAACGUAUACACACAGGAGAGAAGCCUUACUCCUGCUCUGACUGUGGAAAAUGCUUUACACAAUCAUCUCAGCUAAAAGUUCACCAGAGAACACACACAGGAGAGAAGCCUUAUUCCUGCUCUGACUGUGGAAAUAGUUUCUCUCAUCUGGGCCACUUUAAAACACAUGAACGUAUACAUACAGGAGAGAAGCCUUACUCCUGCUCUGACUGUGGAAAAGGCUUCACAACAUCAACUGAGCUAAAAGUUCAUCAGAGAACACACACAGGAGAGAAGCCUUGCUCCUGCUCUGACUGUGGAAAAUGCUUCACAACAUCAACUGAGCUAAAAGUUCAUCAGAGAACACACACUGGAGAGAAGCCUUACAUCUGCUCUGACUGUAGGGCGAGUUUCUCUCAAUCGAGCCACCUAAAACGACAUGAACGUAUACACACAGGAGAGAAGCCUUACUACUGCUCUGACUGUGGAAAAUGUUUUAAAUCAUCAGCUGAGCUAAACGGUCAUCAGAGAACACACACAGGAGAGAAGCCUUUCUUCUGCUCUUACUGUGGCAAGAACUUCUCCCGAUUGGGCAGUGUAAAAACACACCAACGGCUACACACUUGAGAGAAGCCUUAUCAGUUCUCUCACACCAGCUAAGAUUUGUCACUCCACUUAAUUCUCAUCUCAUAAAAUAAUUGGCAACAUUGAGUUGGAUCAAAUGAAGAAAGUGUAGAACACUAUUGUAAUCCUAUUGUUUCUCACUGUGAGAGAACAAUGCAGAGGAAAGGGAGCGUCAUAGAAUGUUAGCCUCUCUUUACUGAUCAGUGUGCACCUUGUCAGUUAUGCUGUGUUUUUUUAGCCCGCGUCCAUAGAGACACAUACCAGCUCUACUGGUAGUACUGGUACUACCAGCAGUACUGCACCUGUCAACGGCACAAGUUGUUCUGCUUCCAUGAGCACAUACAAUGCUAGCAUCAGUAAUUCUACAUUUGUUGUUAGCCCAGCUAGCAUGGACACUGACAGUUGUGAUUCUGAUGCAGCCGAAGAGCUACUGCCCCUUUACCCGGGAAAUCACCGAACAACAGAAGGAUGUUGGACCAUCAAAGAGGUGCAUUUUGGUGAGAACUACAUUGAUUUGGGAUUCACUUAUAUUGGGAAUAGUGCCUUUCCUCAGCCACAGUGUGUUUAUAUCUCACAACUCGAUGAAACCUUCACUCUUGCGCAGACAUUUAGAAACAAAACAUGCCAAUUUGAAAAAUAAGCCACAGGAGUUUUUUGAGCGAGAGUUGAGACUACUUUCGAGUAGUAAGACAUGUAUAAAAGCAACAGAUACCAUUAAUAAGAAGGGGCUAGAAGCGUCUUAUAUGGUGAGCUACCGAGUGGCUAGGACAGGCAAGCUCAAUACUAUUGUGGAGGACUUAAUUAUUCCUGCUUCCGCGGAUAUGGCUGGGACAAUACUGGGGGAAAAUGCCCCCAAAAUUAUACCGUUUCAUGACGCAUCAGUGACAUGGCAGAUGUUUUGAAACAAUUACUGCUUUGCAUACAAGCCAGUGAAUUCAGCUGGAUGAGUCAACAGACGUGGCGGGCCUGGCACAGCUCCUGGUAUGUCUGUUACGUUUUUGGGGGGUCAAUUAAGGAAGACAUCCUCUUCUGCAAACCACUGGAAACCUGGACAACAGGAUAUCUUUUUAAAGUACUGGACAGCUUUGUGACAUCAAAUGGACUUU